CCUCAUUCAAAGCGACAUGCUGAGAGAAGCAUGCUUGAGGAACAUGCUUACUCAAGAUACCGAGUGGAAUAUUUCCUUUACUGGAUGCGGGUUUUUGGGAAUUUAUUAUUUUGGAGUGUACAGUUGUCUGUUGGAACGGGCUCACCACCUAAUUAAAAGUACCAGAAGAAUUUGCGGUGCUUCAUCAGGAGCGCUGAUAGCAGCUAUGAUAGUGUGCCAAAUGUCACCAGCAAAGUGCUGUGAAAAUCUGAUGGCAAUAGCCAAAGAGGCUCGAAAAGGCAUGCUGAGUUCCAUGCAUCCCUCCUUUAACCUGUUGAAGUUAACCAGGCAGCUGAUGAUCCGAGAUCUGCCUGAUAAUGCUCACCUUCUUGCCAGUGGGAAACUGUGUGUGUCGCUCACACGGCUUUCAGAUGGGAAGAACGUGCUAGUGUCUGAGUUCACCAGCAGGGAUGAUCUCAUCCAGGCUUUAUUUUGUAGCUGUUUUUUCCCCGUUUACUGUGGAGUGGUGCCACCUUGCUAUCAUGGCACUCACUAUGUAGAUGGUGCUUUGAGUGAUAGCACUCCAUAUUCCAGUCUGAAGAAUACCAUCACUGUCUCACCUUUCUCUGGUGAAAGUGACAUCUGUCCAGAUGACAAACCAGUCUACUGCCAGGAAGUGAGACAUUGCAAUAUGAGCAUUAAUGUCAACUUGGCUAACGUGCACCGUGUAAUCCAAGCGUUUUUCCCACCAGAGCCUGAGGUUAUGGCAGAGAUCUGUAACAAUGGAUACAAAGAUGCGCUCGUGUAUCUGAAGGAAAACGAUCUCUUAGAACAAGAUUCAUUUAUGACUGAAUUUAUAGCAAAUCACAGACAGAUCCAGUCUGGAUCAACGAGAGGAAAGAGCUCUGUAUUGGACAAACAGGAGAUAAACCUGCUGCCUGCAACCGUCCAAAAAGUCUUUUCUGACACUAGUACAAAGAAACAUGGAAGGAAGCGUGAACUGUUUGCAGUAAAGUUGCUCACAUCCAUACUGAUGGUAUGCGUUUUGCCUUUAGAGGUCGUCGGCUUCACGCUUCUGAGAUUCGCCAGCUGGAUGGUAGAGAUGGCAUCUGGUUUUCUGCAGAUACAGAUGGAUGAAACUGUCCAGUAAAAGGUAUAACUAACCGGAUCACCGACAGUCCGCUAUCAUGUCCAUGUCUGUUCCUGAUUCGUUUUCUAACUUUUUUUGGAUCGGGGUAACAGUACAAAUUUACACAACGCACAAACCUAUACUAGGCAGCAAAGCAGAAAAAGGAAAUAUUUACAAGCAUGCACCCACCUUCUUCUUCUUCCGAAGUCUUUUUGUCCUUAGUAAGGUAAUUGCAAUGAGAAAUAAAGAACUAAUUGUGCUGAAGAUUCAUAUUACACCUGAAUAAGUUGAGCACGAUAAAAUUU